AAUAAAAGGAACAGGGAAUAGAGAACAGAGAAUAAGAAUUUCAACCUAUCAGAAAUCAUGUACUAUUGAAUACACAACUGUUUAUUCCACUAAUAAUAGAGAGCGCAAUAAACAAAUAACGUUAUCAACAAUGUGAUAAGAAUGGAGCGUGUGUGGCCCAUUAUUGCCCAGUCACUUACUUUGAGAUGUUACAGCAUACAACCGGCGAAACGUUACAUCAACACAAUGGUACAUCCACUAAUUGCAGUAUGUCAAAUGCGAUCGAUAGCUGACAAAGUAAAAAAUCUGGAGGUUGUGAGGGAAUUAGCAGCUGAGGCCAAACGCAGAUCGGCCACAAUAGCAUUUUUUCCUGAAGCUUGCGAUUUUUUGGCGGAUAAUAAGAAGGACAUUGUUGUCAUGGCUGAGCCUUUGACUGGACUGACAGUAACAUCUUAUAAAGAGAUUGCUAUUAAGAAUAAUAUCUGGUUAUCCUUAGGUGGAAUUCACGAAGCUUCAGAUAAUGUGGAAAAGAUUUACAACACACAUAUAUUGAUAAAUAAUAAAGGAGAACUGGUUGCUGCAUAUAGAAAGUUACAUUUGUUUGAUAUGGAUAAUAAGGAUACCGGAGUACGCCUGAUGGAAUCAGAUUAUGUGCUUAAAGGAAUCGAAAUUGUGCCACCUGUGUCCACACCAAUUGGCAAGCUAGCGCUUAGCAUUUGUUACGACAUGCGGUUUCCCGAGUUGUCACUAACGUUACGAAAUAUGGGAGCACAGAUUCUCACGUAUCCGUCAGCGUUUACAUAUCAAACUGGUGCUGCACACUGGGAGGUAAUGCUUCGAGCACGAGCUAUAGAAAAUCAGUGUUAUGUCAUAGCUGCGGCGCAAACUGGCACGCACAAUAAAAAAAGAGUGAGCUGGGGUCAUGCCAUGAUUGUGGAUCCUUGGGGUGCUGUUAUAGCUCAAUGUGCGGAUAAAACGGGUAUAGCUAUGGCAGAAAUUGAUCUCGGACUACUGGAAAAAAUUAGGAAAAAUAUGCCGUGUGAACAACAUCGCCGUACUGAUUUAUACUCAAGAAUGGAAUGUCAAAAGUCCACUUAAUAUGGUUAAAGGGGAGUGGUUCACUUGCACACUUGCAAUUGCCAAUCACAGUAACUUCUGCGUAAAAAAAAAUUUUUUUUUUUCUAACACUGUUAUUUG